AUGCACGCUGCACAGUGUGGCGAAAGAGGGUUCCUUUGUUGCUGCUCGCUGCUGCUGCUACGGAUUGGUGGGGUGUGGGAUACAGACGUAGGUGCGAAUGCAGGUUCGAGGUUCGAGGUUCGAGGUUUGGAGGGACAAAGGGACAAAGGAUCGAGUGGAGCGGAGGCGACAUUCUUUUUGGCGAUCUCAGGGUCUUUUUGCCAGAUAGAAGACGAGGCGAGCAGCAGGGCGAUCCGUGGGACUGAGUUUGGAGCUGGGGAUGAUGAUUUAGAGCCGGGAGUGUUGCUGCAACCAGAGUUCAACAUGGAGCACGAUCAGCGCGAUCUUCACCACCAUCACCAUCAAUCAUCAAUCGCUAUCAAACUCCAUAUUCACCCUCUCAGACCGCCCGGCCGAGACAGAUCCGUACAAGAGCACUUACGGAACCCUUCUAAUCCAGCAGGGGGAAAACCAACAAGAAACGGCCACAGUCAGAGAGUCAAAGAGUGCUUGUUUUCGGACGGCACGCGCGUCUAUCGGAGGAUAUAUGACUACUACGACUACGACUACUACUAA